UCUAUUCCUUUUUCCACCAAAACACAACGUAAUAAUCCUCCACUGCGGUCGCUCCUCUCCCCUCCUCUCAAGUUGCGCUCGAGCUCUGCUUCUUCGGUUCCAAGGAGCGGCGGCCAUUGCUGCUGGUAAAGCCGACGCCCUCCCUCGUGGCUUUUUUCCAAAUCAGGCUUGUUCUUGACGCGGUUCGCGAUCCGAUUCUUUCGGCUCCCUUUCACUCGCUUGGGAUUCUUUUCCCAUUUCGUGGACUCUUUCGUUUCUUCUCCUUUUCUCCCCCCCCUGUUUAUUGGGGCAGCGCGACGGCUUGCUCCUCUUCGUGUAAGGAGAUUUUGUUUCCUGCGGUUUUGCCACGUAGGCAGAUUGAUGGCGAUGGAGGGACCUGUUCUAUGCCGUCCUGCAAUGCAAGCCAAACUGCCGGCUGCUGCUGCGCUGGUCAACAACUCCCUGACCAAAUCCGGGCAGCUCGGGACUGCAUUGUUUGGUGCUAUUUCGAAGUACAGGAACAUUUCAAGAUUCAUUUCUCCCAUCUCCCAGCCAUCUACGAAGAACAUAGGUCCAUGCUGCAGCUUCAGCUCGUCUUCUGAUGGCAAUGGAUACAUGGCUGGAAACUUUAGCGAGAGUGAUGAAGAUUAUGUUAAUUCUACCGUGCUAGAAGCAGUUGAGGUGAGAAGUGGAUCAGAAGGAUAUGUAAUAAAGAUGCGAGAUGGGAAAAACUUGCGAUGUGUCCAUAACAAUUCUCAAGGGAGAAAUAUUCCAGAGAGUGCACCCCAACCUGCUAUUGUUUUGAGGAUUGAAGAUGGAAGUGAAACUUUACUUCCAAUCAUUGUUUUGGAGAUGCCAAGCGUACUUCUGAUGGCAGCUAUUCGUAAUGUCCACAUUGCACGACCGACCAUAUAUCAAGUUGUCAAGGAAAUGAUUGAUAAAAUGGGCUAUGAGGUAAAACUUGUUCGGGUAAACAAAAGAAUUCAAGAAGCCUAUUGUGCUGAACUUUAUCUAACAAAGAUUGAUGAUCCUACAGACAGCAUCACCUUCGAUCUUCGGCCUUCAGAUGCCAUAAACAUUGCUGUUCGUUGCAAGGUUCCUGUACAAGUCCAUAGAAGUCUUGCAUACAGUGAUGGCAUCAGACCAGUCGAGCCAGCAAGAAUGGCAGUAGCAGCUGGCCUAUCAGAUGGGUUGUUAUUUACAGAGCUUGACAGACCUGAUGGACAGCCAUGUGUGGAGGCUCAAGAGUUUGGAUUGGUGAGGAACAUGCUCAUUGCAGCCGUCGAAGAGAGAUACAAGGAUGCUGCAUCAUGGAAGGACAAACUUAUGCGGCUGAGGUCUAAGCGGAAGAACUGGGCCUGACAGUGUUGCAUGUCUGGAUGGUGUAAAUAAAGAUGAUGCCAAGCUGAAUUCCAGUAUGCAUUCCAGAUAAUUGAUACUGGUUAUGGCUCUAUGUAACUAGCUGUACAUAUUGUAUGGACCUAAGAAUGGUCUUCUGUAAAUUCAGACUAAGCUUUGAAGUGAAACACUAAUCCUUGGAAAAUUUGGUAUCUUAGCCGUGUUCAUUUGUAUGUCAGUCUGUUACUUUGAAGUGAAACACUAAUCCUUUGGAAAAUUUGGUAUCUUAGCCGUGUUCA